UACAGCCCGCAUCUGGGUGAUGAUUUGGCGCUGAGCAGAGCACCGAGCGGGGCUUAAAAGCAACGCAGGGCGCGUUUGAAAAACCAAAGGAAGAGGGAGCUAGAGAUUAGAUUUAAGAAGACAGGAAGGGGCGAGAAUCAAACGUGUCUGUCGCCAACAGGGUUCCGACUAAAUACUGGGGUCCUUGCAUUGACGAAGAGCCAGGCUUUGGGAUUGGGUAGCGAGCAGAUAGCGUAAACACCCCCUCCUCCUCAUCCUCUUUUCUGUUGAGAAUUGCGAUAAAACGAAAAAGGAAAGGCCUAAGCUUUGCCAAUAUCUCAGUAUUGUUUUUUAUUUUUACUUGCUGCAGAUUAAACGAGGAACCAUUACUGACUGGUGUAUGUGUUUAGAAUGGAACACGCUGAAGGUCCAGUCAAAGAAAAAGACAGUUAAGGAUGCAGGAGCACAACAAUGGAUUUCUCCUUCUCUUUCAUGCAAGGGAUCAUGGGAAAUACAAUUCAGCAACCCCCUCAGCUCAUUGACUCAGCUAACAUCAGACAGGAAGGCACCUGUGACACCGGCAGUGACCCGGGUGAGGAUAGCGGUCCCUCCUAUGAUGCUGCCCUGGACGCAGAGUUUUCGUACCCGCCUUCAGCCUCGGAGGACAUGCCGCAGGUUCCAAAUGGCUACCCACCUGGUCUGGGCAUGUACGAGUCCCAGGCCAAGUUUUCCAUGUACUCGCAGUUCCCCAAUGGCUCGGCCAAUGGCUACGGGGCCUUACGGAGCUACGGGGAGCAUGGUCUCCUGCCAGGGGAGGGAACUGUCCUGAGAGGUCCUGGUCUCCAGGAGAGACCUCUGUCUCCUGUGUCUCCCCCACUGCCCACUCACCACCCACACCUCCAUCACCAUCAACACCACGUGCACUCCUUCCACCCAAACCCAACUCAUAUACACUCACACCCACAGAGUCCCCCACCGCAACCUCUUCCUUCCCAGCACCACCUGUCUCAGACACCUCACAUCAUGACCCAAACUCUCCCACCUCCUCCCCCAUUACACCUCCCAUCUUCAAGCCCUCCCCCCUCCCUUGUGGACUGCACCCCCUCAUCUCAACCUACUCACACUCCGUCCAACACCCCUGGUGGGGUGCUGAAGAAAACCAGUUCUCCAGAGAUUAAACUGAAGAUCAUAAAAACGUAUCAAAACGGAAAGGAGCUGUUUGAAUCGGCACUGUGUGGAGAUCUGUUGCAGGAGCUGCAGAAGGAGUCGCAGAAGAACGAGGCUACUCAGAUGCAGCGCAGACACGAGAGGAAGAAGGAGAAGAGGAAAAAGAGUGUGAGGCUGCAGCUGCAGGUCCAGGAACCGAACCAAGACCAGAGCCAAGUGCAGGCAGGUACAACGGGCGAGACGGAGGACACCCACGUCCAGCCUUCGCCAAGAGAAACGCCGCCGACCCAGACAGAGAAGCCUCAGAAAACCGUCGUCAAAACUGAACCAAAGACACCAAAGGUUCCUAAAGUCCAUCAUCCAUCAGUGAUCCAGGAGACUGGCUUUUGUAAGGAGUUUGUAAUCGGAGAUCUGGUGUGGUCCAAGGUGGGCACUUACCCCUGGUGGCCCUGUAUGGUCUCCUCCGACCCACAGAUGAAGGUUCACACUCGCAUUAACACCAGAGGUCACAGAGAAUAUCACGUCCAGUUCUUUGGUAGCGUCGCCGAGCGAGCGUGGAUCCAUGAGAAGAGGAUAACCACGUACCAGGGCAAGCAGCAGUUUGAUGAGCUUCAGGCAGAGACGCUACGCAAAACCACCAACCCAGUGGAGAAGCAGAAACUUCUGAAGCCUAUCCCUCAGCGGGAGCGCGCUCAGUGGGAGGUGGGUGUCGGCCACGCCGAGGACGCCUUCCUCAUGACGCGCCAGGAGCGGAUCGACAACUACACCUUCAUCUAUGUGGACCCAGAUCCUGUCGAAGCUGCGCCCAGCAAGAAACCCGCCGCCAAAGCUGAAAAACGAAGCCGGCGCUCCAGCGGCUCCAUCACCAAGAAGGAGGACGCGGCCGUGAAGUCCCCAGAGCGAGAGCUGCCGCCACGCAGGCUGCUGCCUCGGAGACAGUGCAGCAUUUCAAACACGGAGGACAGCGCAAACUCUCAGUCUUCAAGCGAAGAGAAGAACCAGAAGGGGGAGUUGGAUAAGAAGGGUUCACCGAAACAGAACGCCAGCUGUGACGCGCAACAGGACUCUCCGCCGCCUCCGGUCAGGGCCUGGAAAACGGCGGCCGCCAGGAAGCUGCUGCCUGUCUCCAUCACAAUGAAGAGGCUGAAUGUGGAGAUCACAAAGUGUGAUUGGCCUCUCCUGCAGAAGAAUGCUGCUUCGUCCCCAAAAAAGAACAAAGAGGAGAAGGAGGAGGGAGUGGAGAGGGAGGCGCGGCAGCCUGACCUGGGGUACUGCUCACCUGAGCAGGACAGCAGAGCAAAACCUGAGCCCAGUCCCGAGGAAGAGGAGGAGGGCGAUGAAGGAGAUGGAGACGAAGAGGGAGACGAGCGGAGAGGGUCCCCUGCCAGCCGAAGGAGUGAGGAGGGAGGAAAUCAGCAGACCUCCUCCCCUGGAUCUCCCCACAGUAGUCCCCAUGGUUCGCAGGAGAGGAAACCUCAGCGGCGGUCAGGCAGGAGCAGAUCAGAGUCGGAGAGAGGCAACGAUCCCAUCCCCAAGAAGAAAACCAAAAAAGAACAGGCUGAGAUGGCGCCGGAGACCACACUGAAGACGGGUUCACAGAAAGGAGCCAGUGAGAUCUCGGAUGCGUGUAAGCCCCUGAAGAAGCGAAGCAGGGCAUCAACAGAUGUUGAAAUGGCGUCAUCUCAGUACAGAGACACCUCUGAUUCUGACUCCAGAGGCCUCAGCGACCCACAGGGUUUAUUUGGGAAGAGCCUGGAUAGUCCGGCAGCAGCGGAUGCAGACGCCUCGGAUACUCAGUCUGUGGACUCCGGCUUGUCCCGUCAGGACAGCAGCGCUGGAAAGAGAGACACUGUGUGCCAGAUCUGUGAGGUGUACGGUGAGGGUUUGCUCGUGUGUGAGGGUGACUGCAGCAGACAGUUUCACCUGGAGUGUCUCGGUCUGUCGUCUCCACCCGAAGGCAGAUUCGUCUGCUCCGAGUGCAGAAACGGCAGUCAUCCUUGUUUUAGCUGUAAAGAGGCAGGCAAGGAGGUAACUCGCUGCUCAGUUGCGGGUUGCGGGUGUUACUACCACGAGGAGUGUGUCCAGAAACUUCCUGGAGCCACCAGCAGCUCUGGUGGAGGCUUCAGCUGCCCUCAGCACAGCUGCUCGACCUGCUGCUUGGAGAGAGACGUGCAGCGAGCCAGCAAAGGCCGUCUCAUCCGUUGCAUCCGCUGUCCGUUGGCGUAUCACCCUGGCGACGGCUGUUUGGCGGCCGGCAGCGUCAUCCUCACCCAUCACAUCAUGAUCUGCAGCAAUCACGGCAGCGCCAAGAAGAACGGCCUUCUCAGCUCCCCCGUCAACGUGGGAUGGUGCUUUCUGUGCGCCAGAGGGCUGUUAGUGCAAGACCUUACUGACACCAUAUUAAGUUCAUAUGCCUAUAAGUCCCACUACCUUCUGACUGAGUCAAAUCGUGCUGAGUUGAAAUUACCUAUGAUUCCCUCUCCUUCGUCAGCUACCAAAAAGAAUGUUGGGAAAGGUGGCAAGUUGCUGUGCUGCGACUCAUGCCCAGCUUCCUUCCACCCGGAGUGUCUGGAGAUGGAGAUGCCUGAGGGUGCCUGGUCCUGCAGUGAUUGCAGGGCGGGGAAGAAACCUCACUACAAACAAAUAGUCUGGGUCAAACUGGGCAACUACAGGUGGUGGCCGGCAGAGAUCUGCAACCCUCGCUUGGUGCCGUCAAACAUUCAGAGCCUUCGCCAUGACGUCGGUGAUUUCCCCGUCUUCUUCUUUGGCUCCCACGACUACUACUGGAUCAACCAGGGCCGGGUCUUCCCCUACGUGGAGAAUGACAAGAACUUUGUCACGGGGCAAAUUAACAUCAACAAAACCUUCAAGAAGGCUCUGGAAGAAGCAGCCCGGCGGUUCCAGGAGCUAAAGGCACAGAGGGAGAGCAGGGAGGCUUUAGAGCAGGAACGCAACUCUCGUAAACCUCCACCUUACAAACUCAUCAAGGCCAACAAGCCGGUGGGUAAAGUGCUGAUGCACGUGGCUGACUUGUCAGAAAUCCAGCGAUGCAACUGCAAACCCACAGACGAGCAUCCUUGCAGCCACGACUCUCAAUGUCUCAACCGCAUGCUGCAGUACGAGUGUCACCCGCAGGUUUGUCCUGCAGGAGACCGAUGCGAGAAUCAGUGUUUCUCUAAGCGGCUUUACGCAGAAACCGAGGUUGUGAAGACAGACGGGUGUGGCUGGGGACUCAGGACCAACCAAGAUCUCCACAAGGGCGACUUUGUGACGGAGUAUGUGGGAGAGGUGAUCGACGCAGAGGAGUGUCAGCAGCGCAUCAAACACGCCCACGAAAAGCACGUCACCAACUUCUACAUGCUCACGCUCACCAAGGAUCGGGUGAUAGAUGCUGGCCCAAAAGGAAACUCGGCUCGUUUCAUGAACCACAGCUGCAGCCCAAACUGCGAAACCCAGAAGUGGACGGUGAACGGGGACGUUCGCAUCGGACUCUUUGCCCUCUGUGAUAUCGAGGCUGGCGCUGAGCUGACGUUCAACUACAACCUCCACUGUGUGGGAAACAGGAGAAUGUCCUGUCAUUGUGGAUCUGACAACUGCUCCGGAUUCCUUGGAGUGCAGCCGACGACGGCUGUGGUGACAGAGAAGGAGGAGAAGGCCAAGAACGCCAAGCUGAAGCCUAAGAAGCGGAAGCUGCGACCGGAGAGCAAACACACGCACGAGUACUUCUGUUUUUGCUGCGGAGGAGGAGGAGAGCUGGUGAUGUGUGACAGGAAGGAGUGUCCAAAAGCGUAUCACCUGCUGUGUCUCAACCUCACCAAGCCUCCGUACGGACGCUGGGAAUGCCCGUGGCACGACUGCAGCAUAUGCGGCGCCCCGGCUUCUUCGCUCUGUGACUUCUGCCCCCGUUCGUUCUGCCAGGACCACGAGAUGGGGGCGCUCACCGCCUCCUCUCUGGGCGACCGCCCCUGCUGCUCGAGCCACAACCCGCUCAGUCCGCUCGGCUCCAGCUCGGCACAGCCGCGCCGCUACUCUCUGAGCUCUGUCGGGGUCAAACCGGAGCCAGAGGCGGGACAGAUGACCAAAGACUGAAGCCGCAACUCCUACAAUACCUCAUUCCUGGUGAAGUGCUCUCACGGCUGCAGCGGUGCACUUCAGAAGGGGAUUCAGUGUUUUUUGGACUUUUUUUUUUUUUAACCCGUGCGACGGCCAAUAUUCAGAACCAACUGAUGAACACCUCGAUGCUGUUAGCGGCGAGAGCAGAGCAACUGGAGGACCGACCAGGCUUAACUGUGCGCUGUUUUCUCUCCUCUUGCCAUAAAAAGUCCACUUCUUUCACUCUCAGCAGCUCGCCCAUGACAAGGCCCAACAUGCCGCCUCACUCAGUUCAUUUUUAUUUGUUGUCUCUGUUUUCAGAGCUGUGGAUUUCACGAGCGUCGUCAUGUCGUCGGUUUCAGCACUUAGAGGAUCUCAGUCGGUGAGGCGAGGCGAGGAGGCCUCUGUCCUCCUCCCUCUCCGUUUACCUGCUGAAGGCCGCGGCCGGCGUCUCACUCCAGCUUUGCUUCUCGGCUUCUUCACAUCUUCGCAUCUGUUCCUCUUUUUCUAGAAAAAAGAACCGAGAAAACGAUGUUUAGUGCAAUUUUCCUUUUGUUUUCCAGGAUCACGCUACAUUCCAACCUUCCUCAAACAUGGUUUUUAAUAUACUUAUGGGUAUAGAUGAAUAUAAUUAUAUACGGUAUCUACGUUUGUUAAUGUUUACAGACAGAUUCUCUCACUUCAUCCCGGUGAGUGGUGUAUUACGUUUGUUCGUUUAGGUGUUGAACAUUACGCAGACGACCUUGUGAAAAUAGUCCUACUAAGGUGAAAUAUAAUGGUAUCUAGUGUAAUGGUAUGACAUUACAGAAGUACUUGUGAUUUCAUAUUGCCAGUCUCACUCGCCAUCGUGUACAUAACCCGGCUCUUGUAAAAUACUGAAAAAUCAGGAGGGGCGGAGCCUCGUCUCUGCGCUCGUUUUUGGGAUGUUUUUUUUUUUCUAAAACGUUUUUCUUUAAGACCGAUCCUUGACUUUUUUUUGUAGUUUUUUUUUUCCUUUUCUCUUACUUUGUCCUCUGAGUAGUUGUAGACUGAAGGCCCAGCUUGUGAUCACCGGUGCUGUGUUUUUGUUAACAAGCCUUAAGUUUGAGUUGUUUUCGGCCGCAGGACGCGCCGCCCCAGACGCGGUGCAACCCGGUCAUUUCAUUUCACACGUGUACUGUGACGGCUCUGACGCCGAGGAGUUGGGUUUUUGUUCUUUUUGUUUGCCAAACUUCUACGAAAAGCACUUUCACACGGCUCGUUGCGGCACCGUUUCGCUUGGGCAGACGUACGCAAAAACACAGAAAGUGUUUCAAAAAUGGAUACCUCUUCUCGUUUGAAUUCAAAAUGUGCUGUAACUUCUUUUUUUUUUUUUGCCUCCUAGUCGGAAACGUGAAUGCUGGGUCUUUGUAGAAAUGUGGCCUAAUUGCUUGAUUUUUAUUUUAUUUGUAUUUUUUUCACAAGUAGAAAAAACAAACUGCCACCCCGGCUUCUUACAAAAAGAUGGAAGUGUGUGUCAGAUGGUGGCACUUCUUUUGUUUCCGGGCCUUUAUAUAAAGAAUAAACGAUGUACCAACGUCCGGUCCGGUAUCGUGUACAAACAGAAACUCCUGUACAGUGUUUUUAAUCGCUCAUCUGUCAAAUCAAAACUUUUUGUAUUUAUUGCACCACAUUUUAUACCAGUUUCGUUACUUCGGACACCGUUGCAGUAAUUCGUCUCCCCUUGUCACCAAGCUGUAAGUGAAAAUAAUAAUCCGAACGAAGACGACACGGGGAGUUUUACGCAUCAUGCUUGUAGCUAGUCAUUUUCUUGCAUUUGGUGUAAUGAUUCCACAUUUGGUAACAGCAGCUGCUCGUCGGCCCGUAUCGUGACCCGCUGAUCGGCGUUGAAAGCAGUGGGAAGCAGUUCGGUAACGGGAUGUUACGUUUUUGUUCGGUGCGGAUUUGUUCUCUCACCGGUCUGCGUUUGACUCAUCUCUGGUUCGAUGACCAUGACGGAGGAAAAUUUGACUUCUGAGUUGUUGUUUUUGUUUUUCUUAAAGAUUUUGAGGAUUUAAAUGGUAAAAUAUAAGUUAUAAGCUUCCAUUUUUGUUGCCAAUCGUGUCUCAUAAUUAGCUCAUUCAAUUUUUAUGUUAUUUUUUACUUAUUUUUGACCUGAUUUACAUGAACAAAGCAAAAAGAAAAAACAUCAUACAAUCUUGAAAUGAUUAUUAAGCUGAAUUUAACACCUCUUUAGAAAAAUAAACUGAAAAUAGGGAUUAUUCAUAAAGAUUGAGUGCAGGAUUGCUGCUCAGCUCCAGUAGUUUAAGAUGCUUAAUCUGGUUAACCGAGUGUAAAACAAGGGAAGUAGCGGACUAAACAUAAAGUUGGAUUUAAAAGUGCAAACAAGUACUUGAUCUUAAACUUUGGUCGAAUUUGAGCAAAUUUAAAAUGAGUCUUUUAGUGUCUGACUGAAAAAAGUGACAUUUUGGAAAGAUUCAAGAUUUUCAUGACAAUUUCAAAAUUAAAGAGUUAAUUCAAAUGAAUAAAUGCUCAGAUUUAAUCUGCAUUGUUUUAAUUUGAGGCAUUUUUCUGCACUGCGUCCUGUUUUUUGUUUUUUAUUUAGUGCAUCAAGGCACUUUCUCAAAACUGUUGUUUAAACCUUGCUCUUUGUUUUUGUUUUUUAUAACGGGCCUUAAUUGCAUGUUGUUAAUGCAUCGAGUUAAUUAAGGAAAUGUCUUCUGAAACAGUUGAAGCCCUUGUUUUUUUAUUUUACGGUAAAAGUUUAGCAGAACUGCAUGCUUCCAAUGUCCGUUGAUGAAUCAGUGCCAAUGUUUUCUCUCAUUUUUAUCACCACAUUGCACAGAAUUUUUGUAAAGCCGAGCAGCCUUUAUUUUUCUUUGCACCUGCAGAUUGCAUGAUCAUGUUCCUUUCUUUGUGCCAGUUUGUCUUCUGCCCUGCUGAGCUGUUACAGCAGCAGUAUUACUACUUUGUUGUCCUUGUGUUCACCAGACUGAUGUGAUAGUGAAUGUUUUCUUUACUGUUACCCACAUUUUUUUUAAAGACAGCAUGUCUUUUUUAUUUUUUACUUUUAUAAUAAGUGACCCGUAAAUAUGCCUGAGGAGGAUUUUCUUUUUUCACUUAAUUUUAGGAUGGACCACCCUUGCUUGUCAGAGGGCAUGUUUCAGUUCACUGUGACGUCUUUUGUUUUUGUGCAAUGUUGCCGACUCGUCCUUAAGGUCUUACCAGACAUGCUGUCAAAUAGUGUUGGAAUAAAGGAAUAAAUUCACCUGCAUAAAUAAGCACUCUUCAUCUCUUUUUACUUGUAGAAAACUUGCUUACAGUAACUAACUGGGGUCAUAUCUAUCUCUUGGUGUUGCUUCAAUAAAAAUGUGGAUGAGCACACAUUGCCAUGUUAAUUACUGUUCAACCUGUGUUACGACAUACGACAUACUGUUGAGGAACUUGUAAAUACUUUGCAUUGAAUUUGCAUAGACUCAUGUUACUGUGGCGUCCUCUUUUUGCCUGUAAAUUUCUGCUUCUAAAUGUGUGUGACUGUUGAGACGAAACGUUUUUGUACAUGACUUGUCUUUUUAUUUGAGAAUAUUGAUUGUGUCCUUUUUCAUUCUAAAGUUCAGUUUGAGGAGUUCAGAUAUGCUUGAAGUUUGACUUUAAUAAAGCUGUACUCUGUCUCAGUGAAA